AUGGACCCGAUCCGGGGCUUCUACGAGAGACUGCGGGCCCUAGCCAGCACGCUGGACUGCGAGACGGCGCGGCUGCACCGGGCGCUGGACGGGGAGGAGAGCGACUUUGAAGAUUUCCCACUGAGAGUUUUACAUGACCUUCAUUCAGAAGUUUGGACUCUAAAGGGUGAUGUUAAUGUUCUUCUUGGGAAAGCAAGAUUGGAAAGUCAAGAAAGCACUGGUUUCAUAAAGGCAACAAAAGUGUUGAUGAAAAAAAAUUCAACUGAUAUCAUGAAAAUAACAGAGUAUUUCCAGAAAUAUGGAUAUAAUCCUCGUGUCAAGGACAAUUCAGUGCCUAAGCAGGAAGCUACUAACUCUGCUCCAGAGCUGUCUAAGUGUGAAGAUGUCCCAGAGUCUGAUGCGAAGGAUGGCCUGUCUGGUCCUCCCCUUCCAAGCAGUUCUGUUUCUGAGAAGGCUCCACGGAGUCCACAACUUUCAGAUUUUGGACUCGAGCGGUACAUGAUACCCCAAGUUUUACCAAACCCUCCACAGGCAGUAAACAGCCAUAAAGAAGAGCCCAAAACUGCAAUGCAACCUGCCAAACAGUCACCACUUAGAGUACUGAAAACUCCAAGGUGUGAGCUGAAGAUGGAGGAUUUUGAGUGUGUGACUCCCAAGUUAGAACACUUUGGUAUUUCUGAAUAUACCAUGUGUUUAAAUGAAGAUUACACAAUGGGACUUAAGACUAUGAAGAAUAAUAAAAGAGAAGAGACUGGAGAAACAGAAUCAAAGACUAGUGAUAAUUUUCUUGCCACUCCAGGCCCCACCAUCCAGCAGCUGGAAAAAAGCAAUGCUGAGGAUACAGAUUCCCCCUUGGCACCUACAUUCUGCACUCCUGGUUUGAAAAUUCCUUCUACAAAGAGCAGCAUGGCUUCGGUACCCCCAAAUUACCCAUUAUCGAAAACACACAGUUCAUCAAGCGAUCUGAGCGUGAAAGCUUGCACUUCGUUAGUUUUAAAUUCGGACGACUGCCUGGAGAACUUCCCAGAGCCCUCCUCUCCCACAAUUUCCUCCUAUGAGAAUCUGCUCAGUACACCGCCGCCUCCAGAAAUCACUACAAUUCCAGAAGAUCUUCUGCAGAUUUUAUCAAAAUACAACUCAAACCUAGCUGCUCCAGUAGCAGUUAAAGCAGUGCCACCCAGCAAAGGGCUUCUUAAACGGGGACAGAACAUCCGAGGUGUUGGCAACAAAGAGAACUGAAGUCCUGGCAGACCAUCCAUCAGACACGAGCGGAAUGAGAUGGCAGCAGAGCUGGGCUCGUCUGUUACAUCCCCCUCACCUCCUUCCUCCUGACGCUGACGUCAUUACAUGCUUUCUAUGA